GACCCUUGAGUGAAACUCUGUACGUACGUUAGUGCUACAGCACUGAAGAGUCCCUCAAAGUCCGACAUGGCCGGGUCUGAUCUGGUGAAAACUCUGCUGUAUACAGUCAACAACUUAUUACAACAGGAGAAAUACAAAGCAGCUCUUGCUGUCCUGAAAGGACUCAGAAAUGGCGCAGUAUACGGUGCCAAGAUCCGUGCCCCCCAUGCCCUAGUGAUGACAUUUCUUUUUAGAAGUGGCAGCCUGCAGUCCAAGUUGAAAGCGAUUGCCCAGGCCACAUAUACACACUCAAGGAACCUUGCUCUCUUUGUGUUCACAUAUAAAGGACUGCAAGCUCUUCAGCAGCACAUUCAGGGAAAGAGUCUUCAAUCACACGCUUUUCUGGCUGCUUGUAUUGGGGGUUGGCUUGUAUUCGGAGACAAUAAUAACAUUAACAGCCAAAUAAACAUGUACUUGUUGUCUAGAAUUCUGUUUGCAUUAUCUCGGCUCGCUGUGGAGAAAGGCUACAUCCCUCAACCCAAAAGAGACCCAUUCCCACUCUUUGCCACUCUGGUAUGGGGCAUCGUGCUCUGGCUGUUUGAGUACUACCCCCACACCCUGCAGCCGUCGCUCCAGUCCUCCAUGACCUAUCUCUACCAUGACAGUAAUGUGUGGCACGACGUAACUGAUUUUCUAGUAUACAACAAACCACGGACUUAAGUGAGCCUUUAGCAAUGUUCUCCUCAACCAAAGCUCUCAUGUCAAACAUUGAGAGUCCAGCACCAGUGAUCACUGUAGAUUUUUUCAAAUCUGUUCUUUGACAAAAUUUCUUGAGUAAGUAUUGAGUAGGUAAAUGUUGUGAUUGUAAUUUUCGAUCAGAACCGAGGCUUAGACGAAGUUUCUGUAAUGUGAAUGCCUUGAAAACGUUUAA